AUGGCCAAGCCGCUAAGCAUGAUCGAAUUAUUUGUGCGUUUGUCUUUCAUUUUCUUGCUCGUACCAUGUUUAUCUUGUCCUGCUCAUCACAAACAAUCCCUUCUCCACUUCAAAUCCUCCUUGCUCAACAGCUACGAAACCUCAAACUCGACAUCCUUUGGUUUGGAGUCUUGGGACUCCAUUUUUGACUGUUGUAAGUGGUCUAGAGUUGUUUGCAGUUCUCAUUCUCGUGACAUAACAGCUCUGCACCUUGGCGAUCUACAUAUGCAUGAUGAAUCCAGACCGGUGGAUAUACGAAUCUUGGACCCCAUUUAUGGCAUUAGAUCCUUAAGGUUUCUUAAUAUCUCCCACACUGGGAUACAGGGUGAAAUUUCUGGUGAAGGGUUGGCAAAUCUCACAAAACUAACUUACCUCGACAUGAGUCAGAAUAGUCUUAAUGGCUCAAUCCCAGCACAACUCUUCCAGUUGCGGUUUCUGCAGUCUCUUGAUUUGAGUGAUAACUCAUUAAAGGAUGGUUUAAGUAGAGAAAUUGGCAAGCUUGGAAAUCUAAGGUCAUUGAAGUUGGAUCGGAAUUCUAUUGAUGGAAAUAUCCCUGUCCGGAUAGGAAACCUCACCAGAUUGCAGCAAUUUUCUGUCAGCCGGAACAAACUUUUGGGUCCGAUUCCAGAUUCCAUUCUCAAUUUGAAAGGAUUGGAAAAAUUGGACGUGAGUAAUAAUUAUUUGGAGAUGCAUAUUCCGAAUGGGAUUGGAACCUUGUUUCACAUUUCCAUUUUGGAAUUGAGUGGGAACAGUUUCACUGGAUUAAUUCCACCAUCAAUACGGAACUUGAGCAAAUUGGAAACCCUUCAGCUGGAAGAUAACAUGCUUUCAGGAGAAAUCCCAUCCUGGUUAUUUGACAUUGAGAGUUUGAAGAAUUUGUAUCUUGGACGAAACAAAUUCAUUUGGAAUAACAACCUCAAAAUAGUUCCCAAGUGUAUGCUUUCCCAACUCUCUCUCAAAUCAUGUAAAAUAUCUGCAGAGAUUCCGGAAUGGAUUUCCACUCAAAAGCAUCUUAAUUUACUCGAACUAAGUGACAAUCAGCUCACAGGAAACUUCCCACUUUGGAUUGCAGAGAUGGAAAUUGAAAAUCUGUUAGGAAUCAAUAAUUUUUGA